AUGUCUAUUCUACGAGCCCGAUCCGAAGAACUCUCCGACCCCCAGGAAAUCCAUCUUACGAUCCAAGAACCACAAGCCUCGUCUACCCGCGUGCUGCGUAGCAGUGCGAAGAGUCGGCAAUCUGUGACCCCACAGCAGCAUUUUUAUUCCCUGAAAAGCGAAAUCCUUGCGAGCAACGGGCCCUCACGCCUCACCCGAGAGCAACUGCCCCCUGAAGUGGGCAUUCUACUCGCCAGGAGUCUCUCGGAGGAUGGGCAAGUAGAGGCGAAGAGUGUCCAGAUCAAUUAUGACCCAUUCAGUAUGAGCUUGGAGAUAAACAUGCCUUCAGAAACCCACCAGGUGAUCACAAAUUGGGUGGCCAACGAGUUGACUAUAGCCGGCAUCAACGGGUUCUGGACAAUCCCGGAACUUGUCCCCAUUACGUUUACAGGAACCCCCCGUAAGAAAAUUGAUAUUCUUUAUAACUAA